AAAAGUAAACAGCUGCCAACACGUGCACGUUGUUUUCAUUCGUUGAAUUUCGUUGUAUUUUAAAAAAUGCAGCGAAAGGAAGUAAAUCCCUUCCAGGCACUGGGCCUGCGACCUUGGCUAGUAAAGCAGCUCACCAAGCUAGGCCUGAAAGGAGCCACUGCCAUCCAACAAAACUGUAUUCCGGCAAUCUUGUCGGGCCAGGAUUGCAUCGGAGCAGCCAAGACCGGUUCGGGAAAGACCUUUGCCUUUGCACUGCCCAUUCUAGAGCGCCUAAGCGAAGAACCCGUGAGCCACUUUGCAUUGGUGCUGACGCCCACACACGAGCUGGCCUACCAGAUAUCCGAGCAGUUCCUGGUGGCCGGACAGGCUAUGGGAGUGCGCGUAUGCGUGGUUUCCGGUGGCACCGACCAGAUGAUCGAGAGCCAGAAGCUUAUGCAGCGACCGCACAUAGUUGUGGCCAUGCCGGGUCGUCUGGCAGACCACCUCACCGGCUGCGACACCUUCUCCUUCGACAAUCUUAAGUACUUGGUGGUUGAUGAGGCCGAUCGCAUGCUAAAUGGUGACUUCGAUGAGAGCCUGGCCAUCAUCGAACGGUGUCUGCCCAAGACCAGGCAAAACUUGUUCUUCUCCGCCACCAUGAAGGACUUUAUGAAGGAGUCCAGCAUAUUUCCCAUCGCCAAAGAUUGUAUGGAGUGGUCGCAGGACUCCGAUGUGGCCACGGUGGACACACUGGAUCAGCGCUAUCUGCUGUGUGCCGACUAUGAUCGGGACAUGGUGCUGAUUGAAUCGCUGAGAAAAUACCGCGAGGAGAACGAAAAUGCCAAUGUGAUGAUCUUCACCAACACAAAAAAAUACUGCCAGCUCCUGUCGAUGACACUAAAGAGCAUGGAUAUUGACAAUGUGUGCCUACACGGCUUUAUGCGGCAAAAGGAGCGUGUGGCUGCCCUCAGUCGCUUCAAAUCGAACCAUAUUCGCACACUGAUAGCCACAGAUGUGGCUGCCCGAGGUCUGGACAUACCCAGUGUCCAGUUGGUCAUCAAUCACAUGCUGCCACGCACACCCAAGGAGUACAUCCAUCGCGUGGGCCGCACAGCAAGGGCCGGACGCAAGGGCAUGUCCAUUUCCAUAUUCCGCUUUCCGCGAGACCUUGAGCUGCUGGGCGCCAUCGAGGAGGAGAUCAACACAAAGCUCACCGAGCAUCCUAUUGACCAACGCAUGGUGGAGCGAAUUUUCAUGCAAGUGAAUGUGACACGCCGCGAGUCAGAGAUGCAGUUGGACAACAAUGACUUCGAUGAGCGUGCUCAGAACUACAGGCGCAAGACUUGGAUAAUGGAGGGCAAGGAUCCGGAUGAAAUGGAAGCGCUCUAUCGUAAAAAGCAAAAGGAUAAGCUAAAGGAAAUACGACGGAAACGGAAGCAGCAGCAGGCCGAGGCCGCAGCUAGCGAAGAGGGAAAGGCACUACUUCAGGAUGAGCGAUUCAAGUCUGUGGACAGUGCUCGCUUUGAGAAGAAGAGCAAAGGACGAAGUCAAACGCCGAGAGCUGAGACCGAAAAGAAGCCACUGAAGCGGCUCAACAAAGGCAAACCCAGUGCCCAAAAGGUCAAGACAAAACAGAGAACAAAAGUUCAGGGAAAGAUGAAAAAGUGAUUGUUAAAUAUACGUUUAUGUUAUAGCAAAA